AUGGUGAAUGGGAGGAAUCUGACAAUAUUGAGGUUGAGGAUGGGCAAAUGCAACACUAGAAAGUAUCAGGUGGAAGAUGAGAUGGUGCGAUCCAUUACUUCUUAUACCGUGGAAGCCAAUGUUGUUGAUACAUGGAUUAAGUUUCUAGAGAGCACAUGGGUCUUCCAAACUUCAUAUACAAAGAGAAAGAAGGAGCAGGUCAAUGCUGAACUGGAGAAAUAUGGCUAUCAUUUUGUGAAUUUGGUGGUUGAUCUUCUGCAUUCUUACAAGGAAAAAUUGGGUUCGUCUGUUAAGCAAAUAAGAAUACUUGUGGAGAAUUUAAGAUUCAGACAAGGGUUAGCAAUAUCAUCAGCAGUAGACAGUGAAGGUUUGAAAUUAGCAAAUCCAAGGAAAAAGCUUGAAGAAGAAUACUUGGAUAUCGAGUCCAAGUUUUUAGCCACUCUGAAUAUAGUGGACACCAUGAACAAGCAGUUUCACAUUCAAAAGGAAGGCAUUUUCAGAAAAGAUAGUGACAAGGUGACACAACUAUUUGAUGCGAUUGAGAAAAUAAAAGACGAAUUUGAAUCUAUUGAGAGGCCAAAACUGGAACUUGAGAGUCCAACUCAAUGGUCAGAAACACCAUCAAGUCCAGUAAUCUCCAGAACUCCUUCACCUCCAUCGGCUAAAAAAUACAAGCAAGAUCGACUGACAAAAUCUUUGCGUGGCAGAUCACAAAUAGAAAUAGAACUUGAUAAAUUAAGUGAAGAUGACUCAGCAGAAGAGAUAAGUGAAUGGGAGUUUGAUGCUCUUGACAGAGAUCGUCUCACCAGGAGUUGA